CCGGAAGUUUGUUUCAUAAACAUCACAAAAAUGGCGUGGAGAGCUUGUGUGAUGAUGAACUGGACCAAAACAGACUUCGUCAGGACCAGAAACACUGCGUCACAAAGCUGCAGACUCAAUCUCUGCAACCAACAGAGAUGUGGUUUUCGUCGCGAGGCCAAAAGGCCGGACACAAAGAAGGGCAAUGUCAGUAAGGAAACAAACCCUUCACCCCAUGAAGCUAACACACCAGGUCCCCCACCUCGUCCCGUGACCCCCAGGAUUACCCUCUUCAAACCGCUAAUGUUCACCAUAGGGUUUACAGGUUGCUCCUUUGGUGCUGCUGCCAUUCUGCAGUACGAGAACCUGAGGUCAAGGAUUCAGACUGCAAAAGAUAAAGAGGAGACAGAGCAACUCUUACAAGGUUCCCAGGACAUGGCAUACUGGCAUGACUGGUGGAACCAGUUGUCAGGCAUGCAGCGGCAGCUCAUCCUCGUCAUGUCCAUGAUGGAUGACUUCUGGAGCAGCCUCACAGAGGGACAGAAGACUGUCACAGGCAUCAUUGCAGUGAAUGCUGUGGUCCUGUGUUUGUGGCGAAUCCCGUCAAUGCAGAGAAGCAUGAUUAAGUAUUUCACUUCCAACCCAGCCUCCAAAACACGCUGCCUUCCCAUGGUCCUGUCCUCCUUCAGCCAUUACUCCAUCAUCCACAUGGUGGCUAACAUGUAUGUCCUGUGGACAUUCUCCUCUGGAAUUGUCUCGCUCUUAGGGAAGGAGCAGUUUCUCGCUGUCUACCUGUCUGCCGGUGUGAUUUCCACCAUGGUCAGUUACGUGUGUAAAGCAGCCUCUGGACGUCUCUAUCCAUCAUUAGGAGCUUCUGGUGCUGUGAUGGCGGUGCUGGCCGCAGUCUGUACAAAAGUGCCGGCGGCUAAACUUGGCAUUAUCUUCCUCCCCAUGGUGACUUUAACAGCAGGAAGUGCUCUGAAAGCACUUGUUGCCGUAGAUGCAGCAGGGCUUUUACUGGGAUGGCGGCUCUUUGACCACGCAGCUCACCUCGGCGGAGCCCUCUUUGGAGUAUGGUAUGUGGCAUAUGGUCACAAACUCAUCUGGCGAAAGAGGGAGCUUUUUAUAAAGUUCUGGCAUGACAUACGUUCUCCUGGAGGUGGGGGAUCCAGGCCUGGAGGCGGAUCUGGAGCCAGUGGUGGUGAUGGUGGAGGACCAAGACCACAAUAAUUCUUGACAUGGUCCCUCGUGUACCUCAGAAUAUGCAAAGACAUUUUAACCGUUGGGAUGGAGGAGGUUUAUCGUUUAUCAGUGAAUAUAGUUUUGGAAAACAGGUGACGGUGACAAGUCACCCCUUCAAACUAACAGUAUGACUGUCCUACCUCUUCAUAAUGUAAAGCUCUUUAACCUUCAUCCUAACUGUUAGUUUUCUACUGGUCAUUUAAUUAAAUCUGCUUAUGUUGCUAUUUAUUAUUUUUAUUUUGUGAAAAAAAUCAUUGUCAUUUAACUACUGCUCCAUCCAUUGCCAUUAGUUGCCUUGAGUUAGCCAAACAUCCUGUUGUGGAUUUUCUAUAAUGGUUUGACAAUAAACCAUAAAUGUUCCUCAGACA